AUGCCCUCACCCAUUCCUCUUAACUGCUUCCUUCCUUUGGAGUUUCCCCCGUCUGUGGACUUGAGACCUUGCAGCAGCCCCUUGGUUAUCCCUGGCAAAGACAGCAAAAGCUUCUUGGGGGAAGCUCCUGCAGGCCGGACCCGCCGCCUGCCCUCCCGCCUGGCCUGGUGCUCCAUCGACUGGGACCAGCUCUGCCUCCUGCAGCCCUUGGGCUCGGGGGGCUUUGGUUCUGUCUACAAAGCCACCUACCGGGGUGCCACGGUGGCUGUGAAGCAGGUGAAGAAGAGCAGCAAGAACCGGCUGGCGUCGAGACAGAGCUUCUGGGCUGAGCUGAACGUAGCCCGGCUGCAGCAUGACAAUGUGGUACGGGUGGUGGCCGCCAGCACGUGUGCCCCGGCCAGCCAGGACAGCCUGGGCACCAUCAUUAUGGAGUACGUGGGCAACAUCACCCUCCACCAUGUCAUUUACGGCACUGGUGGAGCAUGGAGACAGGGCAAGGAUGAUGAAGGGGGGUGUGGAAGGAAGGCCCUGAGCAUGGAAGAGGCUGUGUGCUACGCGUGUGACAUCAUGGCCGGCUUGGCCUUUCUUCACUCGCUGGGCAUUGUGCACUUGGACUUGAAGCCUGCAAACGUCUUCAUCACCGAGCAGGGAGCGUGCAAGAUCGGAGACUUUGGGUGCUCCCAGAAACUGGAGGAGGGCUUGUCCCAGAGCCCCCACGUUUGCCAGCAAGGGGGGACCUACACGCACCGUGCCCCUGAGCUCCUCAAGGGGGAGAGGGUGACGGCCAAAGCGGACAUCUACUCCUUUGCCAUCACCCUCUGGCAGCUGGUCAUGCGGGAGCAGCCCUACCUGGGGGAGAGGCAGUAUGUGCUCUACGCGGUGGUCGCCUAUAACUUACGCCCUUCCCUGGCUGCCGCCGUGUUCCAGGAGUCCCUGGUGGGCCAGAGGCUCCAGGCCAUCAUUAGCUGCUGCUGGAACGCCAAGGUAGAGGAGCGCCUGAGCGCAGCCCAGCUCCUUCCCAGCCUCAGGGCCCUCAAGGGCAACCUCUAG